AUGCCUCCAAUCCUCCCCUCGACCCCCCGCCGUGGGACCCAGCGGGCGUCCCAUCUCCGUCAAGUGAGCAAUGGCAGUGCAGACAUCAUGUUUAACAGCCGUCCUGUUACUUCCUCGGACAGCAGCACACUUCACCACGAUACCACACCUUCGAAAGUGCGCAUCGAGAGACGGUGCACAAUAUGGGUUCACGACGAGGGCUACUCCAAGGACGAGGUGGUUCUCAAUCUCGACUUGUUUCCAAACGUCAAACCUGGCGAACUCAUGGCUGUUGUCGCACUGAAAACCGACUCUGGAGUUCGAGACUUUCAAGACAAAGCCCAAUUCGCGAAAAUAGAGCCGGAGGUUUUAGGAACAGCCAUGCAGCGAGAAGACAGCAAUUCCAAUCCUAGAAGUCCAGGCACCGCGAAUCCCAAUGAUGUCAAGCACGACGUGGAUGUCGGGAACAGGUAUCUCUUUAUUGCGAAGGACAUGCCGAAGGAAAUGAAGACAAGACAACCAACCCUAGAAGUUUCAGUAGCGAAACAUAUAGCGGAUGUUUUUUGUCUCAAACAUCGUUCUAAUGUAUUGUUGACUACGACCGAUGUAGCUCUCAGCUCUGCAUCUCAUGUUGAACUGAGUUUUAAAGAUCAAUAUCUUGCCAGAUCCGACAUGUGGAGACUAGCAGUUGGGGAGCUCGGCAAUAAGACAGUUUAUAAAGGACAAAAGGUACUUUUCAUGGGCACUAUCAAAGCUCAAGUGAGUUGUGUCUACGUGGAUGGGCGCAAGGUCCAGUCCGCCUUCUUUUCUACCAACACCAAGCCCAUAUUCAGAAGCGAGUCGGCACGUUACGUUCUAUUCAUUCAAAUGUCGAGAGAAAUGUGGGACUUCGACUCUGAAGGUUCUGGUGAGAUCAUGUUCAACAAAGUUGUCAAUGGCUUUCUCCCAGCGCUUUUCAAGAAGUGGGCUUUACUAAAAGCAAAACACCUCGUUAGCAUUGUACUUUUCACAAGGGUAGAGUACGACGUUGGGAUCUCAUCAGAGCUCGCAUUAAGCGCUCGCGACAGUGAUUACCAUACAGGCGUUCAGACCGAUGGGAACAAGAGACCCUACAAGGACUUCUACAGAGUUGUUGUCAGUGAGAUGGCUAGUGGAUCAUGGACCACGAUACUGUACCAGCUGAAACGCGAGUUCAAAUUCUUUCGGAAAGACAUUUCCAUGCAUCGAAUAAAUACAGGGACUACUAUUGGUCCAGCUGCAGACAGUAACAUAAGGGGUGUACUGGGAACACGUAUUGAAGCCGAACCCUCCCUAGCCAUGCAUGGAAAUGUUCUUGAAGCGAUCAAUCUUGCGUCUUCUCAGUUCGCCCACGAUUACAUCGAUAGAGACUUGAUGAGGACUGGCAUAUCCGUCGUUGUCAUCACGCCGUGCCCUGGAAUCUUCGAGGUAGACUACGAGACUUUGAGACUGACGACGGAGAGUCUCAUUAACAAUGGCAUUGGCAUAGAUCUAGUAUGUUUGCCAAAGAUGCCGCUUCAUUCAGUACCUAUAUUUCGCUAUCGAAACCCACAGUAUGCCGCAUUCCAGGAGGCUAUCCACUUCAAGACACUUCGUAGCGAAGACAGUACACCUCGACAGACUGCAGCAAUGUUUGGGAGUAGUUUCUCGUCGCUUAAUGAUUCUCUGUCCCCUGUGAAAGCCUCACAGCCUGAUCGGAGUCUGCGUACUGGCUCUUUCACAGCAGCCACUCCUCCGAGUGAGUGGUCAUAUGCUAUACCACACUGGAUCGACGUUUCAUUCUGGACGGGAGCUUCUGAAGAUGCACACAUCAAAAAUGAUGAUAUGGCAAUUCCGCUCGAGCACAGCUACACCACUUCAUACUCGGGGUCAACAGAUUUCGAGGUUAGGUGUAAAAUGUAUGAGAUGGAAAUGGCGAGCGUCAUGGAGAAUGUAAUGACCGAAAUUGCCGUGACACCUCUCCAGCACGACACUAUCUUCCCACACAUGAUCCUAGGAUCUCGCGAAAUCCCUGGCGAACGCCUACGUCGAGAUGAAGCCGCUAUAUUGAUUCGGCGGGACCGAAGUUACACGAGUCUCCUGGAGUUUGUCAACGGCCCGUCGAAGCCUUUAUUAGAUCGCCACCCGUCUCAUGAAGAGCGAAGAUUUCAUCACACGCUGGACAUGUUUGACAUAGCAAGAUCGGAGCUGACGGAUGACCAUUUCAUGGACCACCCUAGUAAUGAAGCAAGGAGAUCAUAUAGAACUGGAAGUGAGGAAGCAGCCAGGAAGAUUCUUGCCGAGGACCCAAAAGUUUUCGGCAACUCUUUCAAAGAUGAAAGUGGUACCAUGAAAGCUGCUCAUUUCCUCCCUGGUUCAACAACCGAUAGUACCAAGAAGGAGAAGAAACAAGCAGGCGAUACUUCCAAGGUACGGAAAGGUAGCGUGGCAAGCUCCAUGACACCUUCUUCACGAGUAUCACCAAUUAAACCACCCAGGUUCGGACGGCAGAUCAGCUUGGGGAAGCAUGGAUUCGGAAUCGCCGCUCCAAAGGCUGUUAUGGCAGAAAUUCAUAUCGAAAACGCUAGUGCAGCGAAGCCAGCGUCCACGACCUCAGAUCUAUCGGGAUCGAAGCAUAAAAACAUCAACAGUGAUAUGGCUAAUCACUACCUUGCUUCUGCAGCAUCACAGGCCCAGGAGCGCCCAUCGUCAUCGCAGAGUGAAAAGCCCAGAUCGAAGAUAGCCACCCCACCACCAGAGUUGAGGGCGCCUUUAGAAGGGCCUAUUGCAGAACCCAUUCAGUCAAGUCGACCUAUGACUAUAAGGAGUGCUUUGCAGUCACUAGAUUCCACAAACCAAUUCAAGUCUCGGUCAGUGCUUGGCUCGCUGUAUGAAACCCCCGACAGGCAGGAAGACGCGAAUGGAGCUCAUUUCUCGAUGCGACCAGAUGAUAACCAAAAAAUCUUCACCUCCAAGCUUCUCGCGGGAUCUGUUCCUGAGCUACCCGCAACACUAUCGCCAACGACAGCUCUUUCACCUUGGCUAAGCGUAUUGAACCCAUCCAAUCCUUCAGCAAACGAUGCAGUCGGCCCUAGUCAGUAUCGAAGGUGGCAACAUGUAUUUCCAAGACCAGUUCUCACCAAAACGAUGAAGUGGAAGUCUUUGUGCUCUCCCGCCUCGGUCCCUCUGACAACGGAAUACUUUCCUACAAAGCAUCAGCUUGACACUGAGUAUCAACAAAAGCCAUACAACAUCUCGCAAAAUGUUGAGGAUGAACUCCACGAAGAUCCAAAAACCAGGGAAGAGUUUCUCAGAGAACUAAUUGGUCUGCGUCUGUCACAAGGCUUCCAGAUCGUUGUUGGUCUAGCAGUCGCAGAAGCUUUCGGGCAAAAAGCACUGAAGAUUGCUAAUGUGUUCGACCAGGAACACAUCGCAGAAGACGGUGCUAGUGUGUUCAUGUCGAUGGGGAGCAUUAUUCACCAAUUGUCGUGUGUUAACGAAAGCGAGAUCGAGGUCAACAUGUUUGUCCGCAAGCCAACAGCCUCAACUGUAUCGAGUCCGGGAUCCGUUACGCCAGCUAUAUACAAUCCUGCUAUUCGCACAACAUUAGCGGAUGACUACGAGUCUCGUCGGAUAAUUCUUGGCAGGCCGAAGGACGAAUACAAUUGGAAUUAUGUCGACGCCUUCAUUGCAGGCUUUGACGAAGAGAUGUCCGAAGGGCUGAGAUUUUGGAGAGCUCGAUUUGUACUCAUUCCAGUCGAGCGGCCUACAACUCUUCAAAGACGUCGAGGCGAGGACAAUGAGGAAGAAAUUCGACUAGAGGGUAUCAAAAAGCUCACGCAGAUGUGGCAGCGACAUAGAGUCAUCCCUGCAUCAGAACGUCGUUUCCAGAAUCAGACAUCACACAAAGUUAAGGAUCCGAAUCCUCUAGAUAUCGUCUACAAAACGGAAGACCCGUCUUUUGUCGUGACCGCUGAAUUGGAGACUCUGCCAUUAGUUGAGACUGGCGAACCUGGAUCCAAGCGAGGGCAAUUAUUGGAGACAGAGCGCUUUCGAAAAUCGAAGCUGGACAUCGCAGGACUUGCCGACGCUAUUCAAGCUCCCGUGGAAAAAGGUGGAGUUCGAAUGCAGAAUCGAAGGUGGCAUUUCAGGUUACAUUAUAAUUGUUUCAUUGGUUCUGACAUGACUACUUGGCUAAUUGAGAACUUUGAGGACAUUGACACUCGAGAGGAGGCUGUCGAGCUUGGAAACAAGCUCAUGGCAAAGGAUGAGAUACAGAGGAUGAGAGAAAAAGAAAUGGGGAAGGAAAUCAAAGAGAAAGACACAGGGAUAUUCGUUCAUGUUGAAAAACGCCAUCCGUUCAGAGAUGGUCAGUAUUUUUACCAGGUCACAGGAGAUUACGCGAAGCAGCGCCCCGAAAGUCGAAGCGGAUGGUUCGCAUCCAGACGUCGGGACUACUCUAGUUCAAUACCGUCAACACCAAUGUCCGACACGAUGAUGAGAGACUCUCCUCGACCUGAAAGAUCUCGCGCGAGUUCCAAUUUUGACGAUGGUUCUACCGACUCUGGUGCAACGACCCCGACCACCGCUGGAGGAGCGGGAAAGAAACCAAAAGUUGCACUCAGCAAAGUCAUGAAGUACGACGUAGAUCACCGGAAGCGAUCAUACCGCCCAGAACGAAUCAAUCUCCACUACGAUCGCCUACAUAAUCCGGAUAACUGUUACCACAUCCGAAUCGACUGGUUAGGAGUGACAGCUAAGCUAAUAGAAGAUGCUAUAGAAUCUUGGGCCUCAAUAGCUGAACGCUACGGUCUCAGGCUCGUCGAAGCACCAAUCGGAGAAGCUUGUUCGAUCACCUCGAUUCAUCCAUUCAGGAGUCCAUAUAUUAUCGAGCUUGCUACCCAACCUCCAGACCAGCAGCCAAGAACAUACUUUGACGUCAGCUCGUUCGGACCACAGGUUCGAGAUAGCCCAGCAACACGACACUAUUAUCAAAAAGCCAUCAUGAAGAAGUUCAACUUUGUUCUCGACAUCGAAGCCGCACGAAACUUUCCUAAUAACGUAGAGGUCACCUACUCCUGGGGCAAGCCGGAUUUCAAGUUUACGCAGUAUAUACAUCGAUCAGGAGUUGUCCUCGCGCAAAUUACCGAUGAAGGAAGCUUCCUACUACUGGCAAACCGACUCUAUAAUAAUCGAACGGCGGCAGCGAGAGAGUGGGACAGGUAUGUCAAGGUCGACCAUGCGGAUCGUAAUGUCCGCAUGGCUUCAUCUGUCUAUAGCCACGGUAUCAUGUCUGAGAAACAAACUCCUGUCAAUUCUCCUAUGCUCCGUCCUACUACUAAUCACAUUGGAUCUCCUAUCUUGCGUGCUACUUCUGACGUUUUGGGUCCCAGUCUGGCGGGUUCGAAAUUAGCUAAUGUCACCACCCCCGAAUCUAUCAAAAACGAGCUUGAACUGUUUUGCAGAACUCCUAUGGCGCUGGAAUCUUUCUAUAAGGAAGUACUAGAAAGAUCUACUCCACCAAGUGCGACACCACCGAUGCUCAGAAGUCCAUUUGUUGGCAGCCUGCUCGAUUCGAAUAUUCCAACCUUGGGUCUGCCGCCGGGAAUCUUGGCGAGAGAUACGAGUCCAAGCCCGAUGCGUCUCAGCGGACAAAGCGGUGUGGGGAGUCCAAUGCCUCCAUUUACACGGAGACAGAGUGUGCAACUGGGAAUGAGUGGGGAUAACGCAAAGCCUGGAAAUGACAGUCCUAGAGGUAGCAUCACGGAGUCGGAUAAGAUGUCUUAA